AUGCAGCUGGGACAGUGGGACGCUCCCGCAUGUCUUGGCGUUCCACGCGUAGCACUCUACGCGUGCCGACGCCAGCUUGCCUCCUCGAAGACGCCAUGGGAUAAGAUGGCAACGAUCCAAGCCAUAGAGGCUCGCUCGGUACAUCAAAUCCAAUCCGGUCAAGUCAUCGUUGACUUGUGCUCUGUCGCGAAAGAGCUGGUUGAGAACAGUCUAGAUGCCGGAGCAUCCACGAUCGAGGUCCGGUUCAAGAAUAAUGGGCUGGAUUUGAUCGAAGUGCAAGACAAUGGCAGCGGUAUAUCGCCCGAGAAUUAUGAAAAUGUUGCGCUGAAACACUACACUUCCAAAUUGUCUACGUACGAUGAUCUUACGAGCCUCCAUACCUUCGGCUUCCGCGGCGAAGCGAUAUCAUCGCUCUGUGCUCUGGCCGACUUUCAAAUUGUCACAGCGCAAGCGAACCAAGUCCCGCGCGCGAAUCGCCUCGAGUUCGAACAAUCGGGGAAACUGAAGAAAACGCAGAUAGUUGCUGGGCAGAAGGGAACGACUGCGUCUGUGGACGGGAUCUUCAAGCGACUACCGGUCCGUCGGCGUGAGCUUGAAAAGAACAUCAAGCGAGAGUACGGAAAGGUCUUGAAUCUCCUGCAUGCCUAUGCGAGUAUCAGCACUGGAGUCAAAUUCAGCGUGAGAAACACAGUCGGCAAGACGAAGAACGUGGUGGUCUUCUCUACCAAUGGAAAUAAGACGACGAAGGAGAAUAUCGCAAACGUAUACGGUGCAAAAACACUGUCCGCGCUGAUAUCACUUGACUUAGAGCUCGAAUUCGAGCCUGCGGCGGCCACGAAACGGGCUGGUGAUGACAAGAUGAACAAGAUUCAGGUCCGCGGCCACAUCUCUCGCCCAGUUUUCGGCGAGGGUCGCCAGACGCCAGAUCGUCAGAUGUUCUUCGUCAAUUCGCGGCCUUGUGGUCUGCCUCAGAUCGGCAAGGCAUUCAACGAAGUCUACAAGUCAUUCAACGUAUCGCAAUCACCAUUCAUCUUUGCGGAUUUCCAGAUGGAUACGAAUGCCUACGAUGUCAACGUUUCCCCCGAUAAGCGUCAAAUUCUAUUGCAUGACGCAGGAGCUAUGAUUGAAUCACUCAAAACUUCACUGACACAGCUUUUUGAAGAUGCGGAGCAAACUGUGCCACAAUCAUCAGUCAAAAAUAAGCCUAUGGCAAAGCAGCAGGCGCUUUCAUCGCUUCCGGGAUUUGUCAUUGCCCGAGAGCUUAGCCAAAAUAGCGAAAAUGGAAGCCCUGCUCGAGAUCGGACCAGAGAAAGCUCUGCGGAGCCGUCCGAAGCGAGUCAACAGAGCGCAAUUUCUAGGUUCAGAAAGUCACAAGAAACGAUGGGAAGUCCUGUGCAGGCAACGCCCUCUCCAACUCGAUCUCUUCGAACCCCUCGUGCUUCUGCGAACAAUGCUGUGUCUACACCGACUGCCAGCCAAGUAGAAACACCUUCAGUCGGCAUUCCAGACGAUGAUAUCCCCCCACAAAGCUCAGUCAAUGAAGAUGCUGAUUCGACACCUGCCUUGUACGAGCCAUCAUCACAGCUAUCAGCAUUGGCAGACACACCAUCCCGCGCCCGUCAAGCCUCUGAAGAGACACCCAAUGUUGUCCAAAAUGCGUUCGAUAGAAUGCGCCCCCGGCGGGAACCGGCGGAGUUGGCUACAAUCACUAUAGGGGACCGAACUAUAACCUCCAUGGUCGGCAGUGGGCUUCCCCGGAAACGGGCACAGGAGGAUCCUCCCUUUAUGAAAGAGCCACCCCGGCGAAAGAGGCGAAUCCACACACCGUCACGACCCAACAUGUUCGGGGAUCAAAUGAAGGCGUUUGCUGCUCCCGGGUCACAGGUAGAUGCAGAGGCGGAGGGUGGCAGCUCAUCCAGCGACGCCGAAGAGGCUCCAGAGGAGGAUCAACGCGUUGCGAUGGAGGAGGAGGAGGAGGCAGAGGCGGAGGAAGAACAGGAAGAGGAAGAACAUGAAGAUGAAGAAGAAGCCGAAGGGGCGGAGGAAGAGGUAGAUGAACUGGAAGAUGAAGAAUAUCAUGGAUCUGAUGGCUCUCAUGCAUCCAAAGACAUUGACCCCUCUCUCGAGAAGGAAGGCCCUCAGCAGGGGACUCAAGGAUUUGAGAGUGAUGCUGGCUUGGAAGACGACCACCAAGAUGACAAUCUUGACGAAUCGAAGAAGAAAGCACAAGAAGAAGCCACUGUUCGACGUCUCAUUCACGAAGCCGAGGAGACGGCCUUGCUUCCCGAAGAGAACAACGCGAAACGUGCCAACAAAAUGAACAAGGGCGCUGCCCAUCGCGACGCCACCGUGCAACUCGUCAGCACAGCCGACGGGUCCAUCUCGCGGUUGCAAUCUCAGCACGCACUACUGCAAAGAACCCUGCGGGAGCGCACUACUCACACGGUAGCGGAGAUAUCUGAAGACGGCGAGAGAACCGCAGAAGACAAACUGUCACUCACAGUGACGAAGAACGAUUUCGCCCAAAUGCGCAUCAUCGGCCAGUUCAAUUUGGGAUUCAUCAUCGCAGUCCGCCCGGGAGAAGGUCAUGAUGAGCUCUUCAUUAUCGACCAGCACGCCUCCGAUGAAAAAUAUAAUUUUGAGCGACUGCAGGCUGAGACCGUCGUGCAAAACCAGCGUCUCGUCCGUCCGCAGCGCCUCGAUCUCACUGCAGUUGAAGAAGAGGUUGUCCUCGAGAAUCGCGAGGCGCUUGAGAAGAACGGCUUCCUCAUUACUAUCGACGAAAGUGGCGAUGAGCCUAUCGGUCGUCGAUGCCAACUAGUUUCGUUGCCACUGAGCAAAGAAGUUGUGUUCGGUGUGCGCGACCUGGAGGAGUUGAUUGUGCUUUUAUCCGAAUCUGUCUCAAUGAAUGAGCAGUCGGUGCCACGGCCUGGCAAAGUACGCAAAAUGUUUGCGAUGCGGGCUUGUCGCUCCAGUAUCAUGAUUGGCAAGACCCUGACGACCCGUCAGAUGCAACGCGUUGUCCAGAACAUGGGGACCAUCGACAAACCAUGGAAUUGUCCCCAUGGGCGGCCGACAAUGCGCCAUCUAAUGAGCCUGGGCCAUUGGGAUGAGUACGAUGAGUACGAGAAUGAGGGAUUGGACCCCUGGAGAAACUACUUGGGUUGUGAUGAAGAUGAAUAG